AUGCUACGUCACUUGAAAAACAAACCAUCAACCGGUCGCGUAUCGGCUCUCCUGUUGCAGCAGUGGCAGCAACGUUGCUGCUAUCACAGUGAAAAGGGUAUCUUUGGCUAUAGACCAAGAAAGGCCAGAGAAUUUAAAGUUCCGGAGGAAGUGGUACAGUCUAGAAAUGCCCAAGGUAAUGUCUACCGUUGGGUGGAAGCUUAUCGCAAAUAUGGCCACAAAUUGGCAGCCGUAAAUCCCAUCAGCAUUAAAAGUCAACAAAGUUUUUUGGAAGAAUUAAAUCCUGUAUUUUAUGGCCUCCAAGGCAAAGAAUCCGUCCAACCACAAGGUAUAUUAAAUGCACCAGAAUUGGCUAGUCAAACAACGACUGUGGAAGAAUUGGAGAGAUUAUUGAAAGAAAUUUAUUGCGGUACAACAGUGAGUGCGGAAUUUGGUUAUGUGGAGAAUCUAGAAGAACGUGAAUGGUUGGCCACACAUUUCGAACGGCUGCGUUCGGAGAGCCAACAAUAUCUCAGCAAUGACAAUCGCAAACAAAUCGCUGAAUUAUUAAUUAAAUCGCAGGCAUGGGAUAAUUUUAUGGCAACGAAAUUUCCAACGGUUAAACGUUAUGGCGGUGAGGGUGCCGAAAGUUUAAUGGCAUUCUUUUGGCAAUUAUUGCGGAAUAGUGUACAAGAUGAUCUUGAACACAUUGUGGUUGCUAUGCCACAUCGUGGCCGAACAGCAUUACAAACCAUACUGCUGCAAAUGAGACCGGUAAAAGUUUUCCAUAAACUCAGUGGUGAAUCGGAAUUUCCAGAUGGUUGCCAAGCCAUGUCAGAUGUAAUAAGUCAUUUUCAUAUCUCCGAAGAUUUACAAGUCGAUGGUAAAACCAUACAUUUCAGUAUGGUAAGGAACCCGUCACAUUUAGAGGCUGCCAAUCCCGUGGCAAUGGGUAAAACACGCUCCAAACAACAAACCCUCAAAGAUGGUGCAUUCAGUGAUGAGGCUGAGAAGCCGUUUGCCUCCGCGGCUUUGAAUGUCAUUCUGCAUGGUGAUGCUGCCUUUGCUGGGCAGGGUAUAAAUCAAGAAUGCUUGAAUAUGGCCUAUGUUCCACAUUUUGAAAUUGGUGGCAGUAUUCAUUUGAUUGUCAAUAAUCAAGUUGGAUUUACCACACCUGGAGAUAGAGGACGUUCGACCGAUUACUCUUCGGAUUUGGCUAAAACAAUACAGGCACCAGUAUUUCAUGUUAAUGGUGAUGAUCCGGAAAUGGUUGCAUUGGUAACCAAAUUGGCUUUUGAUUAUCAACGGCAAUUCCGCAAAGAUGUUUUUAUUGAUAUGAACUGCUUCCGUCGUUGGGGUCAUAAUGAGCUGGAUGACCCGACAUUUACGAAUCCUAAAGUUUAUAGUAUUAUUAAUAAUCGCAAAUCCGUUCCUGAUUUAUAUACUGAAAAAUUAGCACAACUAUCAGUACUAAGCCCCGAGGAAGCUGCUGGCAUUCGUAAACAAUACAUGGACUAUCUCAACGAGGAAUUGUUGUUGGUGCCAAAUUACAAACCCGAACCGAACUAUUUCCAAAAACAAUGGAAACACAUUACCACAGCAUCUAAUGAUUUGAUAACCUAUUGGGACACCGGCCUCGACUAUGGUCUACUCAAUUAUAUUGGACAACAAAGUGUGGCAUACCCCGAAGGCUUUAAAAUUCACCCUCAUCUCAAAAAGACCCAUGUCGAUGGUCGUCGCAAAAAACUCAAUGAAGGACAGAAAAUCGAUUGGGCCACAGCAGAAGCUUUAGCCUUAGGCAGCCUUAUGUACCAGGGCUACAAUGUUCGGAUAAGUGGUGAAGAUGUUGGACGUGGCACCUUUUCACACCGUCAUGUCAUGUUGGUCGAUCAGGAGAGCAAUGAAAUGUUCAUACCAUUGAAUGGCUUAAACGAUGGUAAAUCGGGUAAAUUGGAGGUAGCACACAGUAUUCUAUCCGAAGAAGCGGUGUUGGCCUAUGAAUAUGGGAUGGCAAUUGAUAAUCCCGAUAAUCUGAUUAUAUGGGAAGCACAAUUUGGCGACUUUGCAAAUGGAGCGCAGAUUAUCAUUGAUAAUUUUAUUAUUUCCGGUGAAACAAAAUGGAUGGACUCCAACGGUUUGGUGAUACUCCUACCCCACGGCUAUGACGGUGCCGCGUCCGAGCACAGUUCCUGUCGCAUUGAACGUUUCCUUCAACUAUGCGAUUCCAAAGAGACUGCUCCGGAUAGUGAUAAUGUUAAUGUACAAAUUGUCAAUCCCACAACACCGGCUCAAUAUUUCCAUGUAUUACGCAGACAAUUAGUUCGUAAUUUCCGUAAACCCUUAGUUGUGGUUGCACCAAAAAUUCUGCUACGUUUAUCUGCGGCCACAUCCACCUAUAAGGACUUUGAACCGGGUACACAAUUUUUAAAUGUUUUGGGUGAUACAACCAGCGUCCGACCUGAUGCCGUGAAACGUGUCAUUUUGUGUUCGGGUAAACAUUAUUACGCUCUUGACGAAGUUCGCCAGGCAAAGAAUUUACAAGAUACUGCCAUCAUAAGACUAGAAUCACUGUGCCCCUUCCCCACCUAUGAACUGCAAAAGGAAUUGGAGAAAUACAAAAAUGCUAAAACUUUCAUUUGGGCCCAGGAGGAACAUCGCAAUAUGGGCGCAUGGACAUUUGUCCAACCACGUUUUGAAAAUUUGCUGGGACAAAAGCUUGUCUACUGUGGACGUGUUGAGGCGCCAACAUCUGCAACUGGCAUUGGCAAAGUGCACAAACGUGAAGUUGAGGAAAUUUUACAGAGACCCUUUCAGCUGUAAUGGGCAACCAGACUAACGACCACACUAACGAUGCCGAUGUUGACGAUAACGAUGAAGACGACACGAGU